AUGGGAAAUCCAGAAAGCAACUCCUACGGUUCUAAUACUGUUUCUGUCAGAACUGUUCGUGAUAUCUUAUUAAAUCCAAAUUCAAGCGCACAACAACAUAUCGAUGCAAUUAAUGAAUAUGGAGCAAAAAUUUAUCAAACAGCAGUGAAAAUUUUGGACGACCUAAAUAUUUCACUUUCCACAGCUGUAAAGGCUAGAGUUAUAGUUGCAUUGUGGGCAACUAAAAAUUACGACAUCGUCGACGAGCUUUUACCUAAAAUGCUCCCUGCCGACGUUUUUAAAACUUGCCAAAUUCUGGACGCACCGAGGAAGGCCAGACAACUUCAAAAAAAGCUUGACAUGUGGGAGAACAAAAACUUCAAUGUCAGAACUGGAAAAAAGAGUAGAAUUAAAUCGGAAAUUAAUAAUUACAGACAGGAACUUCAUUCUGCUUCAUUGACAAGUUCUUUUCAACGUAGAAUUAAACGUUGGGCAUCAUCUUUUUCACAAAAUCGCUUAGAUUUUUUCCUCUUGAAUUUUCCUAAAGAGCCAUGGAAAGAGCUGGCAGAUCUUGCUCAUCUGAAAGCCUCUGAUUUUCAGGCACAAUAUUUUUUACCAAUGAUAUAUGGUGGUGAUCCACCAGUUGAUAGUCCCAUUUACACAUUUAUGAACGUAACCACUGAGAAUCUUGAAAAAGUUUUAUUUGAUUAUCCUCAAUUCUCGGAGUACUAUUCUUAUAUUAGACAGAAAUCAAACGAUUCAGGUGAUUUUGUUUUGAACGAUGCUCACAAAGCAAUAUUGGCUCGGACUGCUCCUUUAGAAGAUGUCCUAUGGUAUUAUGAGGAAUUAGCUUGCGAUGCAACUGAUCAAGCUAUCGUAGCUAGACUAGAUGAAAAUGAGCCUCUCGUAUCAAUACAUGGCCGUUCGAAUUAUUCAAAACUUAUGGAGCGGAUUCUCACCUUCCGUCAACUUCGGACCCCCUUUUCCAACCACAAUCAGCUUAUCACGUAUGCUGAAGAAAAAUUGAAAUCGAUCGAAGUUCCUGGAGGAGAUCAACAUACGGUUGCUGUUUUUGGUGAUUGUUCAGGCUCAAUGGAAGUGGCAGUUAAAGUUGCUACGAUCAUUGGGUCAUUGCUUUCUGUAUGCCUUAAAGCCGAUCUAACUUUCUUUAAUACCGUUGUGGUCGAACCUCCCAACGUUCCGCGUAACGCAUCUGAUGUGCUUACCGUUGCUGCAACCAUACGCGCAAGUGGUGGAACCGCUCCGGCCGCUACCUUGUAUCCAUAUUAUGAAAAUAAAAAACAUUGUGAUGUUUUCAUAGUUGUAACUGAUGAAGAGGAAAACACUCGUUUUAGCGGACAUUUAUUUGCUGAGCUAUUUAAGAAAUAUCGUGAGGAAAUCGUCUCGCACGCUCAAGUAUUCCUGGUGAGUUUUUUGAAAGGAAACAAUGAAGGAAUUAUGAAAAAGAGGUUAGAGGACGUUGGAAUUGCUAAUGUACGGCAGUUUAAAUUGGAUGGUAUUAGGCCGGAUUUAACUAAAUUCAGUGAAUUAUUGGGAGUUUUGACCCUAACGUUAGCAGAAGUACAGAAUGCUAAAGAAUAA